UUUUUGUCGUUCUAAGCCAAAGUCAGGCAAUGGUUUGAAACCAUGCAGCCUCACAGUUCAAUAAUCAUCGCGUAGGCUACUGGCACAGGUGAUCACGUGGUACUUUCAAGGUCACAAGGUGUUGAUAACACAAGGUCUGGGGCAGUAAGAGUCAGUUCAGUGUGCAAGUCAAUAGCGGUCGCGAGUGAACGCUCCGCUCUCGUUACUGAUAAGAACCAGGCCAGCAUUCUACAGCUAGCCUUUACAAUCAACUGUGCGAUAUCAGACAUCCGCGAUGCCCGUCUCUGAGAAAAUCGGCAGGAGAAACUGUAUACCCGUCAUCUACUGCAGGGGAACCCACUAUGAAGUGGGGUUUGAUGUGGGCCGAACAUUCAGCAGCCUAAUCCAGAGCUUCGUCGCCACGUCAGGACCUCUCAACAAGGUGUACCUCCCGCUGUACGACAGUCCGGAGGGUCGUAAGGCUUACGACGCUACACUCGCCACCUGCAAGGAGAACUUCCCUCAGUACGUCAGAGAGAUAGAGGGAACAGCGGACGGUGCUCAGGUGCCUUUCCAUAAGCUGUUUCUUCUACACAUGGAUGACAUCCUCCCAAACUCGGUUCAAAAGAAGUCAUCGGAAUCAACCAAUGGAUGUUCAACAUUGUGCUGCAAUCAGCCAAACCAAGAAAUCCUGGGCCACAAUGAGGACGCGCUGGCCGAGACUUUGAACCACAUCUACUUCGUGUCGGCUCACAUCCUGGAAGACUCUCCCCAGGGGAAAUGGAAGGUUCGGGAGGAAAAGUUCACGUCUCUCUGCUACGCAGGACAUCUCCCAGGCUUCACCAUGUCCUAUAACCAUCAUGGGUUCGUCUUUUCCGUCAACAUUGUUAGUGCCAAGACUCUUAUCGCUGGCAAAACACCAAGAUACUUCCUGACGAGAGCGUUGCUGGCUGCUGAGAACCUACUGCAAGCUCAGCAGAUUCUGCGAGAUGCUGGUGUUGGAGCGGCAGAAGGAGUCAGCAUCAACAUGACCUUCCUCUCACAGGAGGGGGACAGGGUGUUCCACAACGCUGAGGUUGGUCCAGCACUCAACGCCAAAGAAUCUCCUCUCAGCAUCCUUACAGUUAGUCCUGGAGAGUUGUUCUUCCAUACAAAUAAGUACUUGAGACUACAAAUUCCCGAGGUGGGAGGAAUGAUCGUGUCGAGCAGUGAUAGUCGUCAUGCCACGCAGGAGGGAAUGCCGACUCCCAAAACUGCCGAUGAUGUCAUCAACGUACUUGGAGACCAGUCCGGCAAAGAGUUCACCAUAUUCCGUGAGGCCGGUGAUGAUGACUUUGUCAAAACUGUGGCUGUCGGGAUAUUUGACUGUGUCAACAAAACAUGGAGCAUCUACGCAGACAACCCAAAGACUAGUAAACCCAUCGUGGUUUUGCCCAUUGAGAUUAAGAGCUCUAAAAACAGCACCACAUGAUUCAGUGUUCGCGGACGAUUGAUUGUACCAUUGACUUUGGAUACUGAAAUAGGCAUACCAUCUGUGUGGACCAGCUUUAGCCAGUUUUUUAACCAAACAGAUGAUCAUAGUUGACUAAGCGUCUCAUAUUGUAUGCUACUAUUUAGGUUUAAAUUCCUUUUUUUUAUUCAUUACAAUAGUUGAUUGGGUCAUAAAAGAUGCAAUUGUUCACACAAAUUGUUAAUUCAGUUCGGCAUGAUUCAAAAAUUAGAAAACAAGAAUGAAAACAAUGUUUAACGGUAGCACAUGCUUCCGCAUGCUUUAUUGAAACAAGUUAAUAUAUAUUUUAUAAACUGGCUAUAACGGGAAUGGAAACGCUAUAACGGGGCUGUUUACUAUACAGUAGAGUUUUAUAGUCAAAGGACACAUAAAAGUCAUGUACUUAAUCAAAAAUGUAUUUUUAUGAGGUUUAUGAAAUAACUUUAUUUAUUUUUGUAGCCUAACUUACCUGAGUUUACCACCUAAAAUGGAUGUGUUCUUACUUGGACUUGGAAGAUGUACUUAAAUAAUUUUGAAUUCUAGGUCUUAUAUUCAACUUUUUGUCUGGGAUAAAUGAUAAAUGUUAAAUAUUUUGGUUUUCUCUUUGUUUUCUGUCAACUUAACUUUUAUUUUUUUUUUUAGGGAAAAUGACAAAACCCUAACUUUAUUAGGCCUACUACCUAACUAACCUCAACCUGUUUUUAGAUAGCAUUACCAAUUAGCUAAAUACUUGUAUACAAAUCAAAAGAAAGUUUUAAACAAGCAUUUUAUCAAAUACUUUACAUAUUUAAGUUAUAUGUUAUAUUGUUAAUCAAAUUAUUAACUUUAAUUGUUACUUUUGAUCUCUACACCAAUAUUCCUAUGGUUUUGUAAAAUAAUGUACAUAAAUGUUGUAACUUUUAAUACAAGUUAUUUAAUUCAAUAAAUUUUAACUUUAGA